AUGGAGGAGGAAGUUGUCGAGAAACAAAUGACGGAAAAAUCAAAUGCGACUGUCGAUACAAUCGUGCAGGAAAAUAUUGCGAACAUGCUUGUUCAUUCAUUCCACUACAGAAACUAUUAUUGCUCUCGAUCGAAAACUUGUGUGAUUGGUGCUGACGAUGGAGUUGAAAAGUGCUAUUGUGAAGAACGCGGAUCAGGGACUCACUGCAUUAUGUCAUCUGAUGUUACGAACGAAUGCCUAGAACCGAAUAUUUGUAAUGGCCGGGGUACCUGCUACGACCUAACGUACAAAUAUUCCUGCGACUGUCAUAGUUAUGCAUCUGGGACUAACUGCGAAUUUUUUAACGAAUGUGAUACCUCUAACCUUUGUCAUCGAUAUGGAGGGACAUGCGUUGAUUUAGUACAGGGGUACAAGUGUACCGACUGUCCAAGGGGUCAGACUGGCGACAAAUGUCAAUAUAUGAAAAAUCCGUGCAAAGUUACAUGUGGGCAAUCCUCUAUGGACUUCAAAUGUUACAUGAAAUUUUUGAAUUCUAAACUCCAAAAGAUACCGAUUUAUCUAAAUUUACAAACCGAAAAUUGUGAAUUCAAAUCUCGAUACGGCUAUUCGUCGGACGUGGUAACAAAAUCUAUUACAUACAAUGAGUGUGGAACCAAAAUAGCGCAUGAUGGAGACACAAUUAUUUAUAGUAAUUCUUUGCGAGCCGGCAUUUUUGGAAAUAAGGAAGAAGAGAAUGAUGUAAUUACCAGAUUGGUAGGAAAUUUUCGAUUUGACAUGGAAUGCAGAAUUCCGAUAGUUUACAACGAUACUUCAGCCAUGAUAAAAGAUUAUUCACUUGAAAGAAACGAAUCAAUUCAUCUUCACGACGAACGAAAAGUAACUUUGUCAACGGUCGUUGCUUUUAAAAACCGUGAUUGGAACUCGAUCACAAAAUAUAAUGUGGGAGACCGGCUCUAUGUGGAACUUGUUCUGCAAACAUCAAACCAAAUAAUGUCACAAAAUGGUGUAUUGAGACCAACCACGUGUUAUGCGACUCCUGACAGCCAGGGAAUUGAACCUCGUUAUGUCCUGCUAGAAAAUGGAUGUAUUAGAGAUAAAACCUUCAGAUAUGAACAAAGAAACUCAAGAAGAUCAGAAAACAAUCGCUUUGCUUAUUUCAGUUUUGAUUCAUUUUCUUUUAAAGGAGAACGUGGUAAGCUUUACCUACACUGUAAUGCUCGGCUUUGCAUUAACCGAACGAGUGAAGGGGAAGAUUUCAGUUUUGAAGAAUGCAUGAAUAUAUGCUCGGAGCAAAAGGAGGGAGUUGGAGAGGAACGAGUCACGACCGCUUCAUCUAUCGCAACUCCAUCAACAACAGAUGAUGGUGUAUUAGCAAGAAUGAAACGAUUUAUUUCAGGAACAGAUGAUGAUCGAGAACUAAUCGAACGCCACACUGGAAAUACUGUGUAUAUUUAUGAUGUAUGAUAUGCGUAUGGCGUACUGUAAAGAUAAUAUGACAUUGAAUUCAGUUCAUCUUAUAUCAUAUACAUAUUUGUAUAAAACAAAACUACUGAUCAUAGCUCAUCAAAAAUGGACAACACGCUAUUGAACAUUUAGUUGCUUCCCUGUAAAAAGUAAUUGUCUUAGUCUGUUUUGAAAGCAUUUUACAUGAAUAUUUCGAUUUGUUUGUUAUAUGUUAUAUCCAAUCCUGUUGCAGUUUCAAUGUAAAUGUGGAAUAUGUUCUAAAAAAAUCUGGACUGUUUGUUCUCUCUAACUAUUUUAGUUUACCUAAGCUCGAAAGUGUCAGAAGAAGUUUGAUCACCGCGUAAGCCGAUAUUUGUCCCGUGAUUGCACACUGCACUCCUACAAAUAGCUGAAACGUUCAUGCAUGGAGUGUUACUGUCAUAUUGAGGCUAGUUGUCCUGUGACUGCAUUAAACCUUCAAGUCCUAGGCCGUAUUAAAAAUGGUUAUAAAAUAUUAGUGGCUUCCAAUUGGAGACCAAAUAAAAUUCGUGAAAAGAAGAAAAAGAAAAUAGAAAGAGUGAAAAUUCAAGUGUAGAGUCUAUAAAAGAUUAGGCCCAUUAUUAUUUUGAAAUUGGAUAUUGACGGCUAUAAUAAUUUUUUCAAUCAAAUAUACUUGCUCACACUGAAUUACUCUAUAGCUCGUGAGAAUGUCGACUUAUUGGAUACGUCAGUGGACAUACCGAUCGUUUCAAUAUUAUGUUGUUGUUGUUUUCGUCAUCAUUAUCAUUAAAAA